AUGUCUCCCGUCAAUGCCUCCUUCGAAGACGCGAUCCGCGUCACCCCAGAAGGCGCCAACAAAUACAGCGCCAACCUGCGCUCGGAGUGGUGCAUCGGAGCCGUUCCUCACGGCGGCUACACAACCUCCGUUAUAUACCGACUAGCCCUAGUCCACUUCGCCCACGCCCACCCAAACCAAUAUGACACGCCAGCCUCCCCGAUUUCCCUCCAACUAUCCUUCCUCCGCCGCACAGCCGCCGGCCCCGCAACAAUGGAAGUCGAAGACGUGAAGAUCGGCGCCCGAACAAGCACAAUUCACAUCAAACUCCUCCAACCCUCCGAAAAGAAAAGAGACCUCCUAGAAAUAAAAGUGGCGGGCUAUAUCACCGUCAGCCCGCCGACCGCAGAGGUCGGCAUCAGCGCUCCAACAGGCUGGACACCCCAACCCGCCGCGCCGUCGGGCUCCAGACCCGGCGGGCAGAUCGAUUUCGACGCGUUGGCUAACGGCAAGGAUGGCGAGUGGGUUAAGCUUGAGCCGCCUUAUCCUGAGUUCCGACGCGCGGCGGCGCAAUUGGAGCUGUAUGGGCCGGGUAAGGGCGCAACGCAGAAGGCUAGAUCGGGGAGUAUGGCGAUCGAUCAGUGGGCGCGGUUUCAGCCUGGCGGUGAUGUGAAGGGUCGGUGGACGGAUGCGACUAUUCCUUAUUUGAUUGAUAUGUUUCCCAUGGCGCUGGAUGGGUUUGAUACUGUUUCUGCGGAGGCGGAGGCUAAGGCGCAGGGGGGUAAGGGGUCGGGGCCUAGGGCUAAGUUUUGGUAUCCGACUGUUACGCUGAAUGUUGAUAUGAAGAAGCAUUUGCCGGCUGAGGGGGUGGAGUGGCUUUAUUCGAGGAUUGUGACGAAGGUUGUUAGGGAUGGGAGGACGGAUUUGGAUGUUACAGUGCUUGAUCAGAAUGGGGAGGUUAUUGCGUUGAGUACGCAGGUUGGGCUUGUUGUUAGUGCUAGUCGGAAUAUUGGGACGAGGAAGAUGGAGAAGUUGUAG